AUGGAAGGAUUAGCUAUCAGAUCAUUACGACCGUCGAUUUUCUGUUCACUUCCUGGUCUCGGCGGCGAUUCUCACCGGCGACCACCGAGUGACGGUUUCCUCAAGCUACCGGCGUCGUCGAAUGCGGCGGAGAAUCCAAGAUUAGUCGCGAAUUCGACUUCUUUUCUUCCAAUCUCCACCGUCAAAGCUUCCCUCACCGCCAAUUUUCCCGCCCUUACUGAAACGAAUCUGAAAGAGGAAAGAAUCAGAGGAGAGAAGAAACCAGAUAACAUUGUGUGGCACGAGAGCUCAAUCUGCAGAUGCGACCGACAACAACUACUUCAACAAAAGGGUUGUGUCAUUUGGAUCACUGGUCUUAGCGGUUCAGGGAAAAGCACAGUUGCGUGUGCGUUAAGUAAAGCAUUGUUCGAAAGAGGCAAACUUACUUACACACUCGACGGUGACAAUGUCCGUCACGGACUUAACCGGGACCUCACAUUCAAAGCAGAGGAUCGUACCGAAAACAUACGAAGAAUCGGUGAAGUGGCUAAGUUGUUUGCUGAUGUGGGAGUUAUUUGUAUAGCAAGUUUGAUUUCUCCGUACCGGAGAGACAGAGAUGCAUGCCGGUCUUUGUUACCGGAGGGAGAUUUCGUCGAGGUGUUUAUGGAUGUUCCUCUCUCUGUGUGCGAGUCAAGAGAUCCAAAGGGAUUGUAUAAGCUCGCUCGUGCCGGCAAAAUCAAAGGCUUCACUGGAAUCGACGACCCUUACGAGGCACCAUUGAAUUGCGAGGUAGUGUUAAAACACACAGGAGACGACGUUUCUUCUUCACCACGUCAGAUGGCUGAGAACAUUAUCUCUUACCUGCAAAACAAAGGUUACCUUGAGGGCUAA